ACUGUGAGCCGAGCAGACGGAGCGGGGCUGUGAGGGCAGUGCGGUGGGGAUCAGGUCAUGGGCGAGCACCAGGGCACGAUCAAGGCUGUGAGGGAGGCACGGAGGAAUGCUGAAGGGAAUGCUGUGGGGAUUGAGGCUGUGAGGACCCAGCCAGCUGUGGAGAGCGUGGAGGGAGCAGGUCUGAGCCAUGCUGGAGGGGAUCAGGCCUGUGCAGGGGCCAGGGGCCUCACGGUGGCCCGUCAGAGCCCUGCUGACACCUGUCAUGCAGGUGGCCGGCCUGGGCAACUACGGGCUGCGAGGCACACGGCACAGUGUGGGCAUGGAGGUGCUGGACCAGCUGGCCCGGCAGCUGGCGGUGGCCGAGGGCUGGCGAGUGGACAAGCGGUGCUGUGCUGAUGUGGCUCUGGCCACAGCCCACGGCCUGGAGCUGGUGCUGCUCAAGCCACGCAGGUUCAUGAACCUCAAUGGGCUCAGCGUUGCCAGUGCUGCUGAGAUCUACAGCCUUGGCCCUGGAGACAUUUACCUGGUUCACGAUGACCUGGACAAGGCCCUGGGCAAGGUGGCAAUCAAGCUGGGAGGCAGCGCAAGGGGACACAACGGGGUCCAAUCCUGCAUCAGUGCUCUGCAGUCCAACGAGAUGACCCGGCUCAGGAUCGGCAUAGGGCGGCCAGAGGGUGACGUGACAGUGCCUAACUAUGUCCUGUCUCCGUUCAGUGCUGGGGAGCGGGAGAAGCUGGAGCAGAUCCUGGCCCAGGCAGUGACCUGCCUGCUGGAGCACAUCCAGAGCCGAGCACCUACAGAGCCAGGGGACAGGGGCUGACACAAACCCCCUGUGACCCUUGUGGCUGAUGGGCAGGGUGCUGCAGGCACUCCAGAGUGACCAUGGUGCAGAGCAGAGCUGGCCCAGCUGGGCAGCCUGGCUGGGAACUGGGGCAGCCUCCUUCCAUGCCCACACCAAUCCAGGCAGCUCAUGUCCCACUUGAAUCCCUGCAGAGGCUUCAUGCCUCAGUUUGGCACAGAAAUUAAAUAAACCGUCACCCUGA